AUGAUCGUUUCGGAAGACGAGAUUCACGUCAAUAGAGAGGCGACGUGCACCGACGGCAAUUGUGAGCCACUCGUGAAAGAAUUUUUGGGGAAAUUCGCGUUUUACUGGUAAAACACUCAAUUUUCUCAAAAAUAAUCUAUUUUUGCCAAUUUUUCAGGGAGUGGAGAGCGCACUCGAUUCUGCAGAACAAUCCGAACCGACACAGCGACGAAUGCCAGUGGGCCCGCAUCGUUUUCAAUGGAAAUAUUUAAAAGUGGUUUAAAUGUGUUCCGCGGGGAAAUCAGUGUGAAGUCCAGGGAAAUCGAGCAGAUCACCGCUCAAAAGCUCGAAAUAACCCGUUCCGGACAGCAGUUUGUGCUGAGAACGGAGAAAGACGUCGUCAAGGACAGAAAGCUGACCAUCGAGUUCAAGUUGACGCCCAUCUUCUCGAAUUUGUACUUUUCCAUGGAUGACAACUUUGCGCACACCGAUUUGACCGAUGCGGUUCUGCUGGUUGAGGGGAGGAGGAUGCACGUCAGUAAGACGGUUAUAAAAUCUUCAAGAUCACUUCUUUCUAACGAAAAAUUGUAUUUUUCCGGCUACUCUCCUCCAUUCCGACUUUCCGCGCUCUUUUCACCUCCGACUUCGCCGAAAAGUCAAUGUCCGAAAUUCGAAUCAAAGAGGUGAAAUACGUGGAUUUCGCGCGAAUGCACAGCUUCAUUCGCCCCCAUCCGGAUCGUUUGAAAAGUAAAACAAUACUACAACCUAUUUAAAAGCCUCCAAUUUCCAGUAGAGCACAUUCCGACGCUUCUGGAGCUCGCGCAUCGUCAUGAAAAUCGUCGAAGCGUACCUUAAGGAAGACAAACACGUAUCCACUCGAAAAAUUGGUUUUAGCGGAGAAAUACGGACUCAAAAGUCUUUUAGCGUACACUGUGAACGGACUGCGCAAGGUGGAGGACAUCGAAACGGCGAUGAAAUGCGUUUGGUUAGAGCGUCUAUCCCCAGCCACAAAAAAGGUGAUUAUGAAGCGAUGCAUCUUUCCGGAAGAUUGCUAAUUGUUUUACUUUGAUAUAAAUUGCACUAAUUUUUCAACUGUUUAGGCUCUUCUCGGUUUCUUUUUUCGCAAAUUAUCUUUUUUAAAUUUGGUUACUGUAGACGACAAAGUACGCAACGUGUUUGCACAAGUUUGCGCACCGUACUUCUCGUCUCCGAGCGAGAUUCAAGAAUUUCGCAAAUGUUUCGCAUUUUUCCAGCAAAAUGGCCAACAUCGAGAAUAUUAUCGAGCUCGACAGACACAUGACGCCCUGCUCCACUAGUUUGCCUCGAAUCACCGAUCACAUUCACAAAUACGGCCUGAAAGUGUGAGUGAUGCAAUUUUUUGAAAAAAAAUUGCAGUCAUUGGGAGAUGUACUACGUGGAUGAGACUAUUCCGUCGCCAUGAAAAUGUGCGUGCGCGCGAGUAACUCUCGAGUGAAACGAGCUGAACAUCGACGGAUUUGAGAGCGAAAACUUUGUGCUUCAAAAACCUCAAAAAUGCGAACAUUUUCAGCGGACAACUACCUUCUCCGACUCGCGGAUCGCUUUCAAAUCCCGGCGGUGCCGAAAAUCGUCGAAUCGCAUCUGAUUCUCGACGAAUCGGUCGGAAAAAUGGAGAAAAUGUUGGUGGCGGAGCAGUUCGGACUGAAAGGACUGAUGGCCAAGUACGUGGAGAGCUUCAAGACGCCCAGCGACGUGAAACACUAUGAAUCACGGACAGUUCGACCAGCUCUCCAAUGACACGCGUGACGCCGUUCUCCACUGCUUCCUCUCGUUCCUACGCUUCUUCUAAAGUACAAAACGGUCUUUUUUUUCAACCAGAAAUGUUUUAUAAACGUACGCUUUUCCUAAUGAACAUGUCAAGCUUCCACGUCUUUCAGAGACGUUGUGAUUAGUUUUGAUUGAAUGUUGAAGUCUAAAUAAUUACCUUUUUUUUUGGUUAUGCACAUUUGCGAGUCGCUUUUUUCGACGGUGUUCAUUUUUCUAAUUUUUAUUCGAAAAAAUACAAUGAUUUGUAGGCCGUAGGCGUGUAGGCUACGUUGGGUUUCCACGUGGAAUACGGCGGGUUCGAGUGCUCAUCUACACUUUUUCCAGAGAAGAAUGGCGGAUUCCGAGGAGGGAAUCGAGAUCGUGGAUACCCAAUUUUUCGCAUAUGAAUGGCUGGACCGAAAUGGAACGGACCUGGCCGACAAAAGCGUCGAAAGUCACAAAUUGCAAUGGUAAGACAGACUUAAGACAGUUGUCGAAAAUCGGCUCAAAAUGUUUGGAAAAACGAUUGAUUUUUCAUUGAAAUUAGCUAUUAUAGGGGCACCGGACAGAAAGGGCUCGCUGUUUCCAAUCUGGCCGAAUUUCUAGGCCGCGAAGUAAUUUUCCACUGAAAACGUGGCCUAACUUUUCAAACUCGGCCCCGAGGUCGCUCAAUUUGCACUGAAAAAAGAGUUUCUCAACAGAGCGCCAUUUCUGUGCGGUGCCCCUAUAAUAUUACACGUCGGAAAACGUAAUUUGCAAACGUUUUCAGGCGUUGGGAAGUUAAGAUCGGAACCGAAGCGCUUCCGACGGCGAACUCAGUGUGGUCGAGUGUGAAACUCGCGUGGAAAGACGCGAGCGUCGAAGGAUUCGUCGGAGAAAUGACGAUCGGAGAGGAGGGAACCGUCGGAAUCACGGAAAAGUUCGAGGUGACCGAGAACGGACAGAAAAUCGCACGACUUCUGGAUUUCGUCACUAAAAAGAAGGGUUAUAACGUGAAUAUCAAAAUAAAAAUGACGCCGGUCUUCGCGAAAAUUUACUAUUCGUUCCUCGACAAUUUCACACAAUCCGAGUGGACCGACGCGGUUCUGCAGGUCGGAGGAAAGCAGUUGCACGUCAACAAAACGGUUGUAAUACUUUGAAUUAAAAAUGUUUUAAAGGUUUAAUUUCAGCUUCUUUCCAUCCAUUCCGACUUCUUCCGCGCCCUUUUUUCGUCCAAUUUCAAAGAGAAAUCGAUGGUCGAAAUUCCGAUCGAAGACGUGAAAUACGAGGAAUUCGCGCGAAUGCUCAGUCUGAUCCAUCCGCAUUCUGUCAUUUUGAACGGUUCAUUCGUCAUCUAUCCACGUCACGAAUUCCGGUUUUACAGACAAAAACUACAUUCCUAUUCUGGAGCUCGCAGAUCGAUUCGGAAUACGCGCCGUCAUCAACAUCAUCGAAUCGCAUCUUCAGAUCGAUCCGAAAGUGGACCGACUCACCAAAUUCACCUUGGCCGACAAGUACGGAAUGCAACGGCUCAUGAGUACGUGUCUGGAGAGCUUCAAGUACGGCGAGGAAGUGCGCGCAAUCAUGAAGGACGCAAAGUUCAAGAAGCUGUCUAUCGUCACCCGAGAUGCCGUUCUCACCCGUUUUUUGGAAUUCUAA